AUGGGAUACAUACCGUACGUGAUCGGUUCAGACCUUGCGGAUAAAAAGUCUGUUAUACUCGAAGCGAUGAAUCGAUACCAUCAAAACACUUGCAUUAGAUUUAUGGAGAGAACUACAGAAUAUGAUUACAUAUAUCUGGCGAAAGUUGACGGUUGUUCAUCAUAUGUGGGAAGAAUCGGCGGAAAACAGUUGCUAUCACUGAGUGACGGGUGUCAUAACGUGGGAACCAUUGUUCACGAGUUGGGACAUGUGGUUGGCUUUUACCACGAGCAUCAAAGGUCAGACAGGGAUCAGUAUUUAGAGAUUUACACUCAAAAUAUACGAAUCAAUUAUGAGGGCCAAUUCACCAAGCUCGGACCAAAUGAUAACCGGCUUAUCGUACCAUUUGAUUUCAAUUCAAUCAUGCUUUACGGACCGCUCGCCUUCAGCAAAGACAGCAUAUCUAAGACAAUGGGACCAAAGGCUCAAUACUCGUCUGAACGGAUGGUCGAAGUGAACGAAAAAUACGGUUUAAGCAAAUUAGACAUCACAGCCAUUCAGAAACUGUAUCAAUGCUAA